GAAAGAGUGACUUGCAGAAGAUUACCUUCCAUUACGUGAAGUGAUUCAAGAAACCAAGACACAUCUAUUAUGUGAAAGUCAACAGAGGAAUCCAGACUCGUUCUCAGAAGAAGCCGUAGAAAGAGUGACUUGCAGAAGAUUACCUUCCAUUACGUGAAGUGAUUCAAGAAACCAAGACACAUCUAUUAUGUGAAAGUCAACAGAGGAAUCCAGACUCGUUCUCAGAUUCAACUGAAAACACAGAGAAGGGUCCAACAGGAAACAGCAUCCCAGAGUAGACGUCUGAAGAUUCUGAAACAAGUGAUUCAAGAAAGGGAGAAAACAUGGACUUUGCUAUGACAGGAGUCAGUCCAGUCCAAUCCCUAAAACAGGAAAAGAGUGGAGGGGAACAAACUGAGCAAGUAUUUCACAGAUUACAUCUUGAAUGCAGGCACCACAACAAACUGAAAAGAGCAGAUGUUCUUCAGAUAACUGCAGAUUCAUCGCAGUCUACCGAGAAUUGUGCUGAGGAGGAACUGGUUCAGACAUUCAUAAAAAAACUACUGUUGAUGGACUACAGAGCAAGAUACAUUAAAACUAAAGAGACCACUGAACAAGAACACACACAACAAAAAGACAAUGACUCAUAUGAUGAUGAAGGCGAUUUUUUCAAAACAAUGUCUUUGGCUAAUGAAGAAACAAGCAAAUCUGACCCUGUUCACCCAAUGGACAUUCAGAUGGCCGUGUUUCAUUGUGCUGAUAGUUUCCUGAAGCAGCUGAUGGUGACUAAACUGUCACAGUGUCAGUAUGCUCUGCCUCUGCUUGUACCGGAUCCAUUCACACAACACAUUGAGUUUCCUCUCUGGACAUUUAGACAAAUCAACAAGAGCUGGAAGACAUUUGAUGAUACAGGGGAAAUCAUCAGUAAAGUCCAGUCAGUCUGUAAGGCAGAAACUCCAAUGGUGUGUUUCUUCAGGUUUGGAUCAGUGUCCUCAUCCAAGUCUCAGCUGAUGAACAGUCUGAUCAAUGAGAAACACAACACGUUCUUCCACAGGAACUGCCCAGGCAGCAGCAGAACCAGAGUACUGAUGGAUGGAGUGGUGGAGAUCGCCUGGUACUGCCCCUCUGGAAAAAACACAGAUAAAUGUAAUGACUGUGUGGCGUUCUGUAAUCUACAUGGUGAUGCAGGAGACCAUGAGAAACAGCUGGAGAUCCUGACGGAAAUGUCAUCAGUCAAUGUUGUUAUUCUACCACAGCUUAACAGGGAUGACAAAAAUAUGACAAAAGUUGAAAAACUCUACAAAGACUCAAAGCCACUCAUUUGCCUUUUUGCUGAGGACAAAUCUGCUGUAAUUCAGACAAAGAAAACAAAAAAAUACAAAAUAGGACUGAAAGACCGAAACCAGUCAGAUGUAUCUGAAGAACUCAGAAGAGCUAUAAAUGAUUGUCUCUCAAUCUCAUCUUCAGAAUCAACUUCUAUUUUCAGACUUGAAGAUGUGUCCAAACACUCAGAUAUCAGAGUAGAUGAAGAUGAUGAUGAAGACUGCAGGAUGGCAAAAGAAGCAGCACAGCAGAUGAUGAGAUUACUGGAGAAUAAAGAUCUGACACAAAUCAAAGAAUCAUUUCUGCCCUGUCAGGGAAAACUGUGGCAUCAGUGGAGUCAGAAGAACAAAGAACUUCAUCGACCUCAAGGGAGUGAACUAGAAAGGGAAAUAAGUAUAAAACAAACAGAACUGAUGGAUGUCCGUAAACAGCAGCAUGAAUGUGUCCUUAGUGACUUCAUGAAGGUUUUUAUGACACAAAUUUACCCUGCUGCAAAUUAUGUUGCAAAUAAGAGGGCCUUUUUCCUCAAAUGGCUUGGAAUCAUCCUGGAUGAAUUUACAUCAGCUGACCUUUCUGCUCUACAUCACAAGUAUGAUGAAAUGUGGUCAACAGUCUUAAAAAUGAAAGAAAAUAAUGAUAAAUCUGAGCAACUGAUAGGUAAACAAACAGAACUUGAGAAAAUAUCUGAGGAACUUCAAGCAGCAACCUUUGGUUUGGAGCACAUCCUGAGAGAGAUAGCUCAGAUCUAUGAAUCAUGUUCAUCUGUGAAGAAGAACAAGAAAGGUCUGCAGUUUCACUUCUCUUCUCUCCCAAGUCUUGCAGCAGAGAUGAUGAUCUCUGGAUUUCCUCUGGAGCUGAUGGAUGGAGAUGCUGCUCAUGUUCCUCUGAUCUGGAUCUCUGCUGUUCUAGAUGAACUCAUCAGGAAACUGGGAGACCAGAGAGUGUUUGUGCUGUCAGUUUUAGGGAUUCAGAGCUCUGGGAAAUCCACCAUGCUGAAUGCCAUGUUUGGACUGCAGUUUGCCGUCAGUGCUGGCAGGUGCACCAGAGGAGCUUUCAUGCAGCUGGUCAGAGUGUCAGAGGAGAUGAAAGAACAACUAAAGUUUGACUAUAUUCUGGUGGUUGAUACUGAGGGACUUCGUGCUCUAGAACUGGCUGGAAGAUCAACAAGACAUCAUGACAAUGAACUGGCCACAUUUGUUGUAGGUCUAGCAAAUCUGACAUUGAUCAACAUCUUUGGAGAAAACCCAUCUGAGAUGCAGGACACACUUCAGAUUGUUGUUCAGGCCUUCCUGAGGAUGAAGAAGGUCAGACUGAAUCCCAGCUGCAUGUUUGUGCAUCAGAAUGUUUCAGACACCUCAGCUAGAGAGAAAAACAUGGAGGGAAGGAGAAGAUUGCUGGAGAAACUGGAUGAAAUGACAAAACUUGCUGCUAAAGAUGAAGUCUAUGAUGCAGAAAGAUUCAGUGAUGUCAUUGCAUUUGAUAUAAGGAAGGAUGUGAAGUAUUUUGCACAACUCUGGGAGGGCAGCCCACCCAUGGCACCACCAAACCCAAACUACUGUGAAAAUGUUCAAGAAUUAAAAGAAUCUAUUAUUUCUCAUGCUUCAAAAUCAGAUGGAAUUAUGCUGACAGACCUGAAAGAUCGUAUUCAAGAUCUCUGGGAGGCUUUGCUGAAUGAACGAUUUGUGUUCAGCUUCAGAAAUUCUCUGGAGAUUUCAACAUACAGGAGACUAGAGACAGAAUACAGCAAGUGGACCUGGAGUCUUCGGAGUGCCAUGCUGGAAAUUGAGAACAAACUACAAAACAAAAUAGAAAAUGAAACAAUUCAUGAGGUUGAUGAAGCACAUCUUCAAAGAGAACUGAAAGAGAAAAGUGAAGAAGUGAAAAAAUCAAUGACCAAAUUCUUUGAGAAAGACAAAGAAAAAGAAAUUCUGAUACAGUGGAAAGCUUCAUUUGAAAUAAAAAUCAAAGAGCUUCAAGAAAACAUUGUGAGAGAAACAAGGAGGAAAUUAAAUGAGAUUCUUCAGCAGCGCGACCUGAAGAAAGAGAUUGAUGCUCAGAGGACACAUCAUGAAAACACUCUCUUUGAAAAGAGCAAAGAACUUGCCUUAAAACUCAAAGACAAAGCAAAAGAUGAAGAGACACUGAAGAAAGAGUUUGAUUCCUUUUGGGAACAGCAUGUGAAGAAGAUCAUCAGAGACACUCCUCCAAUCAAAGACAUUGACAUAUUAAGAGAUGUGAAACAACUUCUCAGUGAUAUCAAUAAAAGUGCCCCUAUAGACCCCCGGGGGGAGAGCAGGGAUAUUUUCUCUGUGCCGUGUUAUUCAGAUUAUGUGCAGUUAAAGAAAUCCAGUGGAUUUACAGGACCUGUUAGAAAUCUCUACAGAACAGGUAAAGAGAUAUUAGGUGUUGCUCUGUCUAAAGAGGAUGAAACCCAAAUAAGAAUGUUAGUCAAUGAAAUUGCUCAUGAGACAGACAAAAGGAUCAUGUCAUUUAACAUUGCAAAGAUGGGCUACAACAAAAGCUACAUUCAGGAACUCACAGGCUAUAUAAAGGCAAGAAUAUUAGAUCAUCAGGAAAGGCCUGUAAAAUAUGUGUUCAAGAAUGAAUUCUUCAUGGAUUUGGUGUUUUCUAUCUGUAAGAGAGCAAACAAGACAUUCACUGACCAACACAGACUGUUCAGAGAAGCCAAUGAUCCUGUUCUCUACAUGGAGAAGAAAAGAGAAGAGUACUACAGUGUUUUCCAGAAAUAUUGUCAAGGUGCAACAUCAGCUGCAAUAUUUGGUGAGAUCAUCUGUCAGAAACUGAAGGAGCCCAUCGAACAGAGUGUCUACAAAAACACUGCGAUAGAUUUAGCAGAUGAAAUGAGGACAAACUGUGAAUCACUGAAUGGAAACAGAUCAAAACUGGAGAAACACAUCCUGAAGACACUGGCAGAAGAGGAGGAUUUUGAGAAAUAUAUGAACUACAUUCAGAAUCCCAAAGAUCACUUCAAGAGUUUCAUCAGAGAUGAAGUCAGUCAGUACAUCACUGAUAAGUUCAGUGUCAGUGUUCUGCCCAAGAUGAAAAUGAACAUGAAACUCCUGCAGCAGAAGAUCAUGGAAGCAGCUCAUGAAUCUACUGAACAUGUUAAAAUGAACAGUGGAGAUGUUGAUUUGUGGUUGAAGUGUUUCACACAGAAGCUCUCAGAUGUGCUGAUAUUCUCUGAAAAAGUCCUCAGUGGAGUGAGUCGUGAUGGUGUUGAUGAUUUCAACCUCCUAGAAGAUGUGAUCAGAAAAGAACUUCCUUCAGUAAUAUCUGGCAUAAACAGUAAAUUCAGUACAGUAAAUCUGGACUAUAAAUAUAGACCAGAUCAGAUUCUGAUUGAUCACUUCUGUCAGUGCUGUUGGGUUCAGUGUCCUUUCUGUGCUGCAAUCUGCACCAACACAAUAGAAAACCAUGAUGGAGAUCACAGUGUUCCUUUUCAUCGAGUGGAUGGACUGAAAGGAUGGCAUUACCAUGGAACACAGGAUCUCUGCACUGAUUUCUGUACAACUUUAGUGACAAGUGAUAAAAGUUUUAAAUCAGAAGAUCGGUGGUAUCCAUGCAAAGAAUACAGAAGAGCAGGAGACGAUUAUGCUGAGUGGAGCAUCACUCCUGACUUCUCUGAGCUGUCGUACUGGAAGUGGUUUGUGUGCAGAUUCCAGAAAUAUCUGGAAGAGCAUUAUGAUAAAAAGUUCCAGGGCUUGGGUCAGAUUCCAAAUGAGUGGAAGAAGCACUCAAAGCAAGAUGCUAUUGAGAGUUUGAAUAAAUACUUUAAAUAAAUAUCAACUAAUAGAGCAGUUUAAGAAGCCCUUUAAUUACAGAAUACAAUAUAAAAUAUAAAUGUUCCGGUAUGGGACGGGCCGCUGGAAGGUACUAAAUAUAUAUUUAAAAAACAUUAUUACAUAUGUAAUGAAUAAUUGACUCAGCCCGUUGAAUUGUUUAAAAAUAAUGCACACCUGAGGUGGUAAUGUGGUCACGACGCGCAGUGGAGUGUGUGUGUGUGUAUGUGUGAGUUUGUGUGAGAGAGUGCGUGUGUGUGUGAGUGUGUGUGUGAGUUUGUGUGAGAGUGUGUUUGUGAGUGAGAGUGUGUGUUUGUGUGUGAGUUUGUGUGUGUGUGUGUGUGAGUGUGUGAGUUUGUGUGAGAGUGUGUGUGUGUGUUUGCGUACAGGUUUUGCUAUACUUGUGAGGACCAAGUAUUGAGAAUCAACCUGUUCUGUGAGGACAUUUCUGGUAAAAAAGGCUCAUAAAUCAGCUAAAUUAUGUUUAUCUUUAAAUCUAAUGAAGUGCACAGGUUUCUGUGAGGGUUAGGUUUAGGUGUAGGGUUAGGGAUAAGGGAUAGAAUAUAUCUUUAGCCUGCUAUAAAAUCAAUGAAAGUCUACGAGAUGUCCUCACAAGUAUAGCAUAACCAACGUGUGUGUUUGUGCGCGUAUGUGUGUGCGAGCGAGAGUGUGUGAGUUUGAGUGAGCAUGUGUGUGUGAGAGCAUAUGUGUGUGUGUGUGAUCGUGUAUGUGUGCGCGAGCGUGUGAGUGUGUGUACUUAUGUGCGUAUGUUUGUGUGAGCAUAUGUGUAUCUGUGCGCGAACGUGUAUGUGUGCACGAGCGUAUGUGUGCGAGCGUGUGUGUGUAUGUUUGUGUGAGAGCAUAUGUGUGUGUGCGUAUAUGUGUGUGUGUGUGUGUGAGAGAGAGAGAGAGUGUGUGAGAGCAAAUGUGUGCGCGAGCGAGUGUGUGCGUGCGUGUGUGAGUUUGUGUGUGUGUGCGCGCACGUGACUGUGCAUAUGUAUGUAUGGAAAGCCAAGAGGGUCAAAAUUCUCCUGUUUUGUAUGGCCAUAUUAAGCUUUUUUCUAAACGUUGUGGGUCGUCAUGCUUUAAAUAAAGGUCACACGCCAUCUGGUGUUAACUUAGCGCCUCUCCUAACUUAAUUAGCGCAUUCAUUUGCUCAUCUACAUAACUCCUCCUCUAUCGCGUUUGAGGUAUCUACAAGCCGAUGGUGACUAAUGCCGUCUCUAAUAGCAUCGGUUUCUCUGGGAUCCACUAACUGAAAUACGAUCUUUAGCGUUGUGGGUGUGCGUUUUUAAUCUCUUUGCUUUACAUUUUCUCUUUUUAUUAUUCUUGUUUACUGUUAAUCAAUAUUUUAUGAUUGUCUAUUUUAUUUUCUUUAUUUUUAUUAAUCAUCAUACUUAUUACAUGUAAAAGUAAUGUAUGUUAUCUGAGGGGUGACUGAGGGUCUGGCCCAUGCCAGGAAUAUAAUAACAUUGAUUAUUCAUUUAGCACGGCUCCCAGAGAAUAUGCAUUUUUAUUGUACUGCAUUUAUUCAUACAUGUUCAAUAAUAUUCAUAUACUUAAUCAUCAAUUAAUCACUUGAUUCACCAUUUAUUAAAUCAUAUAGAAUUGAGAGAUUUCAUUACAUUAUUAUUUUUACCUCACUUUUAUUAUUGUUUUCUUUCAUGGUUCAUUAACGAAACCAUUGAUAUAUUAUAUUUCUAAUCAUUAAUUUUUUAGACGUAUAUUUUACAACUUUUAAGUACUACUAAUAAAAUAAUUUCAGAGUCAUCCUGUUAGGCUUUUGUUCUUUCUCGACUUGUUUUGCCUUAAUGUUUUGCAGAUGGUGAGGCCUACAUUCCACAAACAAGGCCACAGAAAGGCUGCAGUGAAGAAAAAAAUCACAAGCUACCCUGUCUAGAUUAUCUACAGUAGUUGUAGGCUUGUUUAAAGUUUACUUUUAACAUGUGACUCUAUUGUAGCGAAAUAACUGGAACUUCAGACAUUCAGAAAAGUGUUCACAUCUGAUAGAUAACCUCUGACACCUGCAUAUAAGUCUACUAAACCUGAUAAUGAGAACUUGAUUAAUGUUCACUAAUUAUUGUAUAUAAGAAGGCGGAUCUAGAAUAUGUUGUGUUGUAACCUACCAGAAUCUUAGAAAAACAAAUAACAAUGACGCUUUGAAUCAAAUUUUGCAUGUGACUAUAAUUACUGAUGUCUCUUUUAUUAACCAGCUCUUCUUCACUUCUAUUAUAUGCAUGUAUGUUGGAACUGCAGAGAACAAAAACUUCAGUAAAUUAUCUCAAAUUUAUUGAAA